GGUCACUCUGGUGUUGUCCACCCCAGGGUCAGCCAGCAGCACCGCGUCAACCUGAUGACCAGCGAGAACCUGUCCAUCUGCUUCUGGCCCACGCUGAUGCGGCCGGACUUCAGCACCAUGGACGCGCUGACGGCCACCAGGACCUACCAGACAAUCAUCGAACUCUUCAUCCACCAGUGCCCCUUCUUCUUCUCGCUCCGGCCGCCGCCGGACACGCCCGGCUCGCCCGGCCCCGCUCCGGCCAGCGCCGCGGCCUUCCCGGCCCUGCCGCCGUCGCCUCCUCGGACGCCGUCGCCGCCGCCGGAGCCGCUGGAGCCCUGAGGGGUGGCCUGGGGAGUGACCGCUGGGACGUCCGGCCGGACGCCGUGGUGGGGGGGGGGUGGCUCGGACGUUGCCGGGGACGUUUGUCCAGACUUUGGCCAGGCCGGACGGACACGGACGGACGGACGGACGGAUGGAUGCGUCCGCCGCCGGGGAGGGGCUGGAAGAGGGUGAGGGUCGGCCAGGCGGUGGCCUGAGGGUCGUUCGAGGUGGGCCAGUGGUCAUCCAGCGUGGUCCAAGGGUCAUCUGAGGUGGUCCAGUGGUCAUUCGAGGUGGUCCAAGGUGGCCUGAGGGACAUUCGAGGUGGUCCAAUGGUCAUUCGAGGUGGUCCAAGGGUCAUUUAAGGUGGGCCAAGGUGGCCUGAGGGACAUUGGAGGUGGUCCAAGGGUCAUCCGAGGUGGUCCAAUGGUCAUUCAAGGUGGUCCAAGGUGGUCCAAUGGUCAUUCGAGGUGGUCCACAGUGGCCUGAGGGACAUUCAGGGUGGGUUGGAGUGGUCCAAUGGUCAUCCAAGGUGGCCUGAGGGUCAUCCGAGGUGGGCCAAUGGUCAUUCGAGGUGGUCCAAGGUGGCCUGAGGGACAUUUGAGGUGGUCCAAUGGUCAUUCGAGGUGGUCCACAGUGGCCUGAGGGACAUUCAGGGUGGGUUGGAGUGGUCCAAUGGUCAUCCAAGGUGGCCUGAGGGUCAUUUGAGGUGGUCCAAUGGUCAUUCGAGGUGGUCCAAGGUGGCCUGAGGGACAUUCAAGGUGGUCCAAUGGUCAUUCAAGGUGGUCCAAGGUGGUCCAGUGGUCACUCAAGGUGGUCUACAGUGGCCUGAGGGUCAUCUGAGGUGGGCUGGAGUGGUCCAAGGUGGUCCAAGGGUCAUCCAAGGUGGCCUGAGGGUCAUUCGAGGUGGGCCAAUGGUCAUUCAAGGUGGUCCAAUGGUCACUCAAGGUGGUCCACGGUGGCCUGAGGGUCAUCCACGGUGGGUUGGAGUGGGCCAAUGGUCAUCCAAGGUGGUCCAAGGUGGUCUGAGGGUCAUUCUAGAUGGCCCAAGGUGGCCUGAGGGUCAUUUGAGGUGGUCCAAGGGUCAUCCAACGUGGUCCAAUGGUCAUUCGAGGUGGUCCAAGGUGGCCUGAGGGUCAUUCAUGGUGGUCCAAAGGUCAUUCAGGGUGGUCCAAUGGUCAUUCUAGAUGGUCCAAGGUGGCCUGAGGUUUGUUCGAGGUGGUCCAAGAGUCAUCCAAGGUGGUCCAGUGGUCAUUCAAGGUGGUCCAUGGUGGCCUGAGGGACAUUGGAGGUGGUCCAAGGAUCAUUCCAGGUGUCCAAGGGUCAUCCAAGGUGGUCCAAAGGUCAUUCGAGGUGGUCCAAGGUGGUCCAAAGUGGUUGAAGGUCCAGCCAGCAUCAUCCAAGGUGGCCCAGGCUCCAUCCAAGGUGGCCCAGGCUCCAUCCGAGGUGGCCCAGGCUCCAUCCCAGAAGAUCCAAGUUUGCCCAAAUUCCAUCCAAGGUGGCCCAAGGUGGUCGAAGGUCCAGCCAGCAUCAUCCAAGGUGGCCCAAGCUCCAUCCAAGGUGGCCCAGGCUCCAUUCCAGGAGAUCCAAGGUGGCCCAAGCUCCAUCCAAGGUUGCCCAAGUUUAAUUUCAGAAGGUCCAAGGUGGCCCAGGGUCCAUCCGAAGUGGCCCAAACUCCAUCCAAGGUGGUCCCGGGUCCUUCCAAGGUGGCCCAGGCUCCAGCUGAGAUGGCCCAGGAUCCAUCCGAGGUGGCCCAGGAUCCAUCCAAGGUGGCCCAGGAUCCAUCCAAGGUGGCCCAGGAUCCAUCCGAGGUGGCCCAGGAUCCAUCCGAGGUGGCCCAGGCUCCAUUCCAGAAGGUCGAAGGUGGCCCCAGGUCCUUCCGAGGUGGCCCAAGGUCCAUUCCAGAAGAUUCCAAGGUUCUUCUGAGGUGGCCCAAGCUCCAUCCAAGGUGGCCCAAGCUCCAUCCAAGGUGGCCCAGGCUCCAUCCCAGAAGGUCCAAGGUGGCCCAGGGUCCACCUGAGGUGGCCCAACACAGCCCAAGCUCCAUCCGAGGUGGCCCCAAGGCCACCAGAAGCCACCUGAGACCACCAGGGGCUCCUCAGAACCCCCAGACCCCAAAAUCCCAAAAAUUCCCCCAAAAAUUCCCCCAAAAAAUCCCCCAAAAAUCCCAAAAAAUCCCCAACAAAUCCCAAAAAUCCCCAAAAAAUUCCCAAAAAUCCCCAAAAAAAUCCCCAAAAAAUCCCCAAAUCCCCCAAACCUCCGAGGAUCCGCCCCGAAGCACUUCCAAAUUUGGGCUUUUCCUGCCGAAAAAUUCCAGAAUUUUGGGAAAUUUUGGGAAUUUUGGGGAAAUUUUGGGAAUUUUUGGGGAAAUGUUGGGAUUUUGGGAAUUGUGGGGCGGGCACUGGAUGUCACGGUACCCCCGGGAGCUCCCGGCCCUCGUCGCACUUUAAGACCCCCCCGAGACCCCCCGGGCAAAAAAAAAAAUCCCAAAAAAAUUUUAAAAAAGGCUCCAAAUUUCCAAAUUUUUGGGGAAAAAUGAAAAAAUUGGGGAAUGCAAAAAAAUGGGGUUUUUUCCACAAAAAAAUUAAUUUUUUUCACCCAAAAAAUCAAAAAUUUGACACAAAAACCUCGAUUUUUCCCCCCCAAAAUGAAAUUUUUUCCCCCCAAAAUUCAGUUUUUUCUCCCAAAAAUUCAAAUUUUUUUCCUCAAAAAUUCCAUUUUUUUCACCCAAAAAAUCAAAAAUUUUCCACAAGAAACUCGAUUUUUUCCCCCAAAAUUCAGGUUUUUUUCCCCCCAAAAUUCAGAUUUUUUUUCCUCAAAAAUUCAGGUUUUUUUCACCCCAAAAAAAAUUUUAAAAGCCCCAAAUUCCCAAAUUUUGGGGAAAAAUGAAAAAAUUGGGGAAAUGCAAAAAAAAAUCUGGUUUUUUUCCCUAAAAAAUUACUUUUUUUUCACCCAAAAAAUCAAAAAUUUUCCACAAAAAACUCAAAUUUUUUACUCCUCAAAAUUGAAUUUUUUUCCCCAAAAAAAAUCCGUUUUUUCUCAAAAAAAAAAUCAGAUUUUUUUUCCCUCAAAACUUCAAUUUUUUUCACCCAAAAAUUCAGGGUUUUUUCCCUCAAAAAAGUUCAAUUUUUUUCCCAAAAAAUUCAGAUUUUUACCCCCCAAAAAUUGAAAAAUUUCCCCAUUAAAAAAUCACUUUUUUUUUCCCAAAAUUUGCUUUUCUUCCCCUAAAAAAAUUUAAUUUUUCAGCCUCUGGAGCCUUUGGAGGGAAUUUUGUUGCCGGGAGGGGAAAAAUGAAGGAAAAUUCACCCAAAAAUGGGAAUUUGGAGCCGUUUUGCCCCAAAAAAUGGGGGAAAAAAUGGGAAAAAAAAAUGGGGAAAAAAAAUGAAAAUUUUGGGGGCCAUUUUCCCUCUUUUUUCUGCCACUUUCCGGGGCGGUUUUGGGCCAAAAUUUUGAAUUUUUGGGGGUUUUUUUUGGGUUUUUUUUUUGUGGAUUUUGGGUUUUUUUCCUGAUUUAUUUUUUGGGAUAAUCCCUAAAAAAAAAAGAUGGAAAAUGGAGGAAUUUUGGAGCUGCCGUAAGUUAUUGUUGGAGUAAUUAAUAAAAAUUAAUUAAAAAAACACCCCAAAAAAUUUUGGGAUUUUCGCCAAAAUUUUUAGGAUUUUUUUGUCGGAAAAAUUGGGAAUUUUGAGGGGAUUUUUGGGUUAAAAAUUCAAAAAAAAAUUGGAUUUUUUAUAGAAAUUCCGGCUGCUUUUGAGGGGGAUUUUUGGGGGAAUUUUGGGAAUUUUUGGGGAAUUUUUGGGAUUUUUUUCCCGGGAAAUUUUCGGGAUUUGGUGCAUGAGGAAAAGCCCCGGGAAAAUCCAAAUUUCAAGGAAGAAAAACGGAAAAAAAAGGAGAAAAAACGAGAAAAAAAUGAAAAGAAUUCAGCUGGAAA